AAGGCGACACUUAUAUUAGUCGUGUUGAGCUUCGACAUUCCAAUUAACCGCUUAAGUGAUUACUAUUUCGAUUAACUCGACUUUCUUUACCUCUCUAACCUCGUCACCUCAGACAUAGGCACGUGCCUCGCAUGUGUAUAUAUAGAGGACGCAAAAGCAGAGUCCUGACACAGAGAGCGAUAGCAGAAACUAACACGCAAAGAAUGAGGAGCCAAUGCAAAUCCAAAUGCUUGUCUUUUCCAUCUUUGAUCUCUGUAAUUUCACUGUUUACUGCAUUUCCAUUUUCUGAAUCUUUCAACUAUGGCGAAGCCCUAUCGAAGAGUCUCAUCUACUUCGAAGCGCAGCGUUCCGGUCGCUUGCCGUACAACCAGAGAGUCACUUGGCGCCACCAUUCCGGCCUAACUGACGGCUUAGAACAGGGGGUAGAUUUGGUAGGAGGUUACUAUGAUGCAGGUGAUAAUGUUAAAUUUGGUCUUCCAAUGGCUUUUACCGUUACAAUGCUGUCAUGGAGUGUUGUUGAGUACCGGGAUCGGAUUGUGGAUGCAGGGGAAUAUCGCCAUGCCCUUGAAGCUAUCAAAUGGGGAACUGAUUAUUUCAUUAAAGCACAUACACAUCCACAUGUUCUUUGGGCUCAGGUGGGUGAUGGCGGCACCGACCACCUCUGUUGGCAGCGACCGGAGGAUAUGACUACUUCCCGGCGUGCUUAUAAGGUGGAUGAGGAGCACCCAGGCUCCGACGUCGCCGGGGAAACGGCAGCCGCCAUGGCGGCGGCGGCGAUUGUGUUUAGGCUAACAAACCCACAUUACUCACACCUGCUUUUGGAUCAUGCACGACAAUUGUUUGAAUUUGGUGACAAGUAUAGAGGGAAAUACGACAGCAGUAUUGAAGUAGCUAAGGGGUAUUAUACGUCGGUGAGUGGUUACAUGGAUGAGUUGUUAUGGGCAGCUGUGUGGCUAUACAAGGCCACCGACGAUUUAUAUUACUUGAAUUAUGUAAUAGAGAAUGCCGAGUCCUUUGGUGGGAUCACUUGGGCCAUCACAGAAUUCAGCUGGGACGUUAAAUAUGCCGGUGUCCAAAUCAUAGCUGCAAUGUUGCCAGUGGAAGGAAAGAAUGAAGAGCAAAGUAAGACCAUCCAAGAAUACCGUUCAAAGGCAGAACAUUUCUUAUGUGCUUGUCUAAACAAAAACAAUUCAACUAAUGUGCAACGCACCCCAGGUGGGCUCCUGUACACCCGUCAAUGGAACAACAUGCAGUACGUUUCUAGUGCAUCAUUUUUACUGACAGUGUAUUCUGACUAUCUUGAAUCUACCAAUCAAAUGCUCAAUUGCGAUGGAGAUUUAGUGGGCCCCCAGGAGAUCCUGUCCGUCGUCAAAUCACAAGUAGACUACAUUCUGGGUUCUAAUCCCAUGGGAACGAGCUACUUGGUUGGCAAUGGACCUACCUAUCCCAUGUGGGUGCACCAUAGGGGUGCAUCCAUGGAAUCAUAUAGAGAAAGCAAGGGUUUUGUCGGGUGCACUCAGGGAUAUGAUAACUGGUAUGGACGCCAGGAUCCAAACCCGAAUGUUCUUGUUGGAGCUUUGGUAGGUGGACCAGAUAACAUGGAUGAAUUCAGGGAUAGAAGAGGGAAUUUUAUACAAACAGAAGCCUGCACAUAUAAUACAGCGCCGCUUGUUGGGGUUUUUGCCAAAUUGCGCGUGUUAGAGAAUACUAAUUUACCAAUGAUUUCUUCCAUUUAAUUGUAAAGAAAUUUGUUGGUGGGGUGGGGGGAGAGUGACAGCCAAAAAAGGGCUAUAUUUGCAAUUUAGAAAGACAUUCUCAUGUCAAGAAAUACAAAAACAUAAUAUACUGAAGUUUUGAAAUGCAAGCAAAAUCUGUUGCUUUAACAGCAUAAUGCAUUUGGAAUGAAAUGAUGAUGCAUUAUUGGUCACCGAAUUCAAAUGGAGAAAAUGUUGACAAUUCUA